ACAUUCAUAAAUCAUAAACUAAAAAUUUCCAAUAAAUGAUUAAAAUUUAAAAAUAUAAAUAUUUGUAUUUAGGUCAUAGUUUUAGAGGCACUCCCAUAUAUUCUAGCCGGGCACCAUGAUACCCAUUAACGUUAACCGCCUCAUCUUUCGCGACCUCCGCUCGUUGUCUCAGAUUUCUAAACCGAUUUUUCAGCUCAGUUCAAUGUUUCUGAAUACACAUCCCAUUAUGAAACAUUCUGUCAGGCCACCACUGAUUUACAUAAAACAUUUCUCAACGAUGCCCUACAAGGUUGAAGCUCUCCCGGACUCGUACGCCCAGUUGGGCGAGGGCCCGCACUGGGAUGAGGCCAGGCAGAGUUUGUACUUCGUGGACCUUGAAUCGGCCGGGAUCAACCGGUACGACUUCAAGCAGAACAAGAUCUACAAGGCCAAGAUCGAGGGCGAGCAGUGGGCAACCUUCAUUCUGCCCAUUGAGGGCAAGCCCCAGGAGUUCGCCGUCGGCUGCACCCGGCGCGUGGUGGUCGUCAAGUGGGACAGCUGCUCCCCGGUGGCCAAGGUCGUGUGCACGCUGUUCGAAGUGCAGCCCAACGACAAGGACAACCGCCUCAAUGACGCCAAGUGUGAUCCCGAGGGUCGGUUCUUUGGCGGCACCAUGUUCGAUGGCGAGGGCGACAUCUUUACCCAGUGGAAGGGCCAGCUCUACAGCUGGCAGUCUGGUGGCCCGGUGAACGUGGUCAGGGACCAGGUGGGCAUCUCCAACGGCCUGACCUGGGACGCCAAGGCCAAGAAGUUCUACUACAUCGACACCAACAACUUCGAGGUGGUGGGCUACGACUACGACCAGGCCACGGGCGCCGUCUGCAAGCCGAAGGUCGUCUUCGAUUUGAGGAGCAUCCGUCCGGAAGGCCCCCUCUUCCCCGAUGGCAUGACCAUCGACACCGAGGGCAACCUCUACGUGGCCACCUUCAACGGCGGCACUGUCUUCAAGGUCGACCCGAAGAAGUGCGAGAUCCUGCAGGAGAUCAAGAUCCCCACCACCCAGAUCACCUCUGUGGCCUUCGGAGGACCCAACCUGGACAUCCUCUAUGUGACGACGGCGGACAAGUACGACCAGCCGAAGCCGGCGGGCACCACCUACCAGGUGACCGGGCUCUGUGCCAAGGGCUACCCCGGAGUCAACCUGAAGCUAUAGAUUCUAGACUUAAAAUAAAAGUAUAAUAGAUUAA